AUGGACUUCGUGAUGGGAUUGCCUCGGACUCCCAGGGGCAUUGAUUGUAUUUGGGUCAUCGUUGAUCGAUUGACCAAGUCCGCUCACUUCCUCCCAGUUCGAUCUACAUUUAGUGCAGAGCGGUUGGCCUAUGUUUAUAUUCAGGAGAUAGUCCGUCUUCAUGGUGUGUCAGUGUCCAUCAUAUCAGAUCGAGGGUAUCAGUUUACAUCUAGUUUCUGGAAAGCAUUUCAGAGGGAGUUGGGCACCAGGGUUAAACUCAGCAUUGCUUUCCACCCACAGACCGAUGGCCAGUUGCAGUGCACUAUUCAGGUCCUCUACCACUCGAGCAUUCAGAUGGCCUCGUUUGAGGCCCUAUAUGGUAGGCAUUGUCGCACUCCAGUUGGUUGGUUUGAGUCCUCGGAGCCUAGGUCGUACAAUACAGAUUUACUCCAGGAGUCUUUGGCGAGAGCUCGGGGUGUGAUGAGUUUUGGCAGGCGGGGAAAGCUUAACACCAGAUAUAUUGAGCCUUUUGAGAUCCUGAGGAAGGUUGGUGAUGUUGCCUAUGAGUUAGCCCUACUUCUUGCAUUUUCAGCUAUACACCCGAUUUUUCAUUUAUCGAUGCUACGCUGGUAUAUUCCAGAUAAGUCUCAUGUGCUACAAUAUGAUUCAGUUGAGUUGGAUGACAGGCUGACCUUCGUUGAAGAACCGAUAGCCAUAUUAGCCAGAGAUGUUUGUCAGCUCCGUUCCCGAUCCAUUCCUGUAGUUAAGAUCCAGUGGUGA